AUGCCGAGUCGCAGCCCGCCCCCAGCCCAAACACAGACAAGGCCACAGGAAACGCUUCCGGCGCCGCCAAGCCAAGGGCAGUCUGUCGGAGGCACCCGGGUCAAGGCACCUCCUGCCCCUUCACGACGACAGGGAGCAGUGGGCGUCGCCGCCUCGGAGCCUCGCGUGAAGGAGCCGCCUCCUCGUGGCGAGGUCUCGAAAGAUCCGAGAGUAGAGCCUGCGGCGGCCCAGGGAUCUUUUCCAAGUGAACCUGCGUCCGUGGUCCCUAGCGGCACUGAUGCUGCGCAAAUGGGCCAAGAGCAAGAAGGAGACCGUCACGCGGAAGCCAGCCAGGACGAGCCGGCACAGAACACCCCAGCGAGGAGUGCCGCUGACAAGGUCGGGGAGGCCGCAAGCGAGCCGCCCGCACUGCCUGCCAGCAGCCACAGCAAAGAGCCCCACAGCUCAGCAGAGGCGUGUGAUCCAUUCCUUGACCACGGCCUCGACGAUGACGACGAAGAUGAAGAGGAGGCGGAUGAAGCAGAGAUCUGGGCCAUGUCAGCUCCUGAUCCUCCAUCCAAGGCGCCACCUCCCGGCUCCCCACACUACAGGGUCAUGGCGCCGCCGCGCGCAGAACCCCUGCCUCAGACGGAGCCUUUCCCACCGUCGGAGGAUGCUCGGGCAGGGCCGCUAGGGUCCCCACCGGAGAUGGACCGGGAACAC